GUGUGAUCACAGCGAUCACAGCGAAUCGGCGAGCACUACUCGAAGCUGACUGUCGGCCUAUCCAACAAAUCGUUGAUCAGCUGAUUGCGUGAUAGGAACAUCGAAGUUCGUGUAACUUUUUUGCGACUUGACAAGAGCUGAAAUUGUCGAAAAAUGUCUCUAAACACAGCUCAUGCUAACGGGGGGGUCCUCAUACAUUCCGGCGAAUGUAUUCUUCUCUUUUCUGACAAUGUCAUGAUGGAAUUUCAUGGACAGGAUCAACCUGAGUUUAUCGGAUCAAAACGAGGCAGACUUUUCUUAACUACACACCGUAUGAUUUUCAACGCAAAGGACCAAAAAGAAAGAAUGCAAUCAUUCAGCUUUCCUUUCAUCACAUUGAGCGACGUGGAACUAGAACAACCAAUGUUCGGCGCUAAUUACAUAAAAGGAAAAUGUCGAGCUCAACCGAAUGGCAAUUGGACUGGCGAAUGCAAAUUUAAACUUCACUUCAAAAACGGUGGAGCAAUCGAGUUUGGACAAGCAAUGUUAAGGGCUGCUUCUAUGGCAAAUCGCAAUGGUCCUGGUUUCGAUGCACCUCCACCAUAUCAACCGCCAACUUCUGACUGGUACGCCGCACCUCCGCCAGCGUAUCAAGCUGCGCCAGGUGGAUAUUACGGCUGGCAACCUCCGACAAAUGUUUUCCCCGAACAACCACCAGCAAAUGGCGUAUACAUGACGGACUCUCCGCCACCGUAUCCCGGCAUCAAUGGUCCUUAUCAAGGUUACGCCAGCGGCGGAGCUGCGCAACAGCAGCCACAGCCAAGUGCUUGGGGGAAUUCGGCGCAACCAAGCAACUGGGGUCAGCCUCAAUCUAACGGAGCUCCGGGAUGGGCGAACCCAGGCUACAAUCCGCAAUCAAUGUCUCAAGGAGGUGCGUAUCCAAGUUACGGACAGCCUAGUUACAAUAAUUAUCAGCCAAUCCCACCCCAGUUUUCUCAAUAUUCCCAAAAUCCACCCCAAUAUCAUCCGAAUCCAGCUCAGUAUGUGCAAAAUCCGCCCCAAUACUCCCAGAAUCCACCCCAAUAUUCGCAAUAUCCUCAAAAUCCACAAAAUCAGCAAGGAGGAUAUUACGGCACAGCCGGUAUUUACCAGAAGCCAAAGCCCUACUAGAAUUGCACCGAGUUCAUGGUAAUAUCCGUGCUUAUUACAAUCUGUAAAUCAUUCUUAUUCAGCGAGUUUAGGCUCCGAAUAAUCACAUGUCAAAGAUCGCUCUGGCCUUUGGAACUCUAACAGAAGUUCAAUUUUAACAGUAACAAGUCAUUUCUUAAAAUCAAUGUAAAGCUUCGGUCAUUUCUUAUCGUAAUCGUCAGUUCGGUUAUCAUAGAAUUUAUCACAAAUUGAUGGAAUUCAGCUGAGCACAUUAAGGAUAAAAUCAGCUGGAACCUCUGAAUUAAAAUUUAGAAAACGAGGUAAAACAUAGGGAUCAGGAAUUAAAAAAAAAACUUUUAAUGUUACAACGUUUAAAAUGAUUAAAUUUUAGUGUUUUUGAUCCGAUUCUAACACUUUUGGGCUCACUUUACUCACCAACCAAAUCCCCAUAACUUGUCUCGUAAACAUUCAAAAAAUUUUACAGCACAUAUAAUUAUCGAUGCUAUAAUUAUAACGUGUGAAUCUAAUUGUUGUAUCGUACUUGCAUAAGGCUAUUGUUAUCUAAUCAAGAGACAACUGCCGGUAAAAAAAAGUUUCAGGUGAUCUUUGGAGAUCUUUGUCGUGAUAGAAAUAAGUCCAGAAAUAUUAAAAUCUGAUAAAUAUAACCCAAGUUGCGUGACUGAACGUUCUGGUUAUAAAAUCAUUUCUCAAAUCAUUGACGUCUGAGUUGGUUUUAUUCAAAAUAGCUCCAGUUCAUUUUUUAUUUAUUUUUCCAUCAUACAGAUAGCAUUUCACUUGUGCUCACUAUCAGUGGCGCAAACAACAUUUCUGGAGAUUAUUUUAAUGAUUUUUACUCAUUUUCUACCUUUUAAUGCAGAUUUUACUGUGGAUUUAUUCUUAACAACCGCCGUAACUUCUAAAAUAACUUUAUAGCGUUAUUCGGUUUUAUUACAAAUAAAUAAAGAAUAUGCAGGUUUAGAACCUCGAAAUCUAUUCUAAAAUCUAGAGUUCGGCGAAAUGUAUCACGAGAAAUAGUAAGGCAGCUACGAAGCCAAUCUAGCGAUUAAAAUGAAAUAGAGACUUUGCCUACGUGUCUAACUACUACGAAAAGUGACAUGUUUUGUGGUAUUCGUCAUUUCUGUUUGUUGACUUUCAUUUCAUGAUUAGUGAUCGAUUUACGAUCAGUGAUUUGAUUAUGUUGUACAUUCAUUGAUCGCUCGCCUGAUCCAUUUUUCUGAAAAAGAAUAUAACACAAUAAAUUGUCUCGUUUCAAUACCAACCAGAUAAGUCUGUUUUUGGAAUUGGUUAAUGAAUUUCGGUUUAGCCUUGGCAAAGAUUGUCGUUUUUUUUUACCUGUAACAAAUAUCGAUCAGUCGCUUGUGUCAUAAUUUUCCAAUGAAUAACCAUUGAUCAGAGAUUAGGCUGGUUUUAUUGCUUUUUUUUUUCCCCCUCCCAUGAAGACAUUUGGCAUCAGGAGUUCCUUUCAAAUUUUUCCAUAAAAAUACUGUAUUCAAACUUUUCUAUAAUCGGUAAUCUAAUCACGGGGCCAUAUUAUUAUUAUUAUUAUUAUUAUAACUAUAGUUAUUACAAGUACGUAAAUUAGAUUUUAGAUCAAUUUAUAUUCGUAUUUCAAUUUUGUAAUUUGGCAUCAAUAUUUCUAUCUAAAUUGUACUAAAACUCGAUUGGUAUCAUUUCGAUGAUUUUUAUUUUGGAUUUUUUAAUUUUUCGUGUGACUGAGAAUUAGACUGUCAGCAGUAUUGAAUAUAAUACUCUUACUGCUUGAUAUUUAUUAUAUUUUCACAUAAAUCGUAAGCUACUUUUUAUAAAUUCCGCACCUCAGAAUGAUAUACUUUGCAAAUAAACAUUUUUGGGGCCUUAUCUAUAUAUUCCAAUAUUUCAUUUUUCUUUACAUAAAAAAAGAAUCACUUCAGAAAUCGUUUUUAAUUAUACUUCUGAUAUUCUUAAAUCCUGAUAGUAUUUACUGAAAUGUUUUAAUAAUGCUGUUGUAUGUUGUCAUAUAAUGUCAUAGCUUUACGAAAACCAAUAAUUAAAAUAUAAAUGUUGUACAUCAA